AUGGGUAUCGGCAAGAAGGUCGUCGCCCCAAAGGGCGGUCUGCUGGCCGAAGAAGCCCGCCAGGCGGGUGCCCAGCAUGGCGGCAAGCGCUCCGCAGCGGACCGGGCCUCGUCUCCAGAUUCGAUGCAAAUCGACACACCGCAACUCUCUGACCCCGCAACAAAUCCCCAGGUUGCCGGCAGCACUCCCCAGUCUGGAAAGCAAGACCCGACAAAACCACAAUCUGAAAAGGGUGACAUGACGAAGGACUCCACUCUCACCGCAGGCACAAUUCUCAUCAAGCAACCCCUCGAGAUCGGCACAAAAGCCCCAGCAUUUUGGCGCAAGCAGUCGUAUCAGGAGUGUGAGGUCAUCAACCGCAGAAAGAAGCCAGGCACGGAAGACUAUGAGUAUUAUGUCCACUAUUCCUCCUUCAACCGCCGUCUCGACGAAUGGAUAGACUUUGACCGCUUCGACCUCGCCGCCCUCGCCAAAGUCGAGAACAAGCGUCGCGCCCGCAAGGCUGCCAGCGAACGCGCCAAUAACGCCAGCCGUGCAAAGAGUGAGCGCAAGAGAAAGGACUCCAAGAAGCGCAAGUCCAAGGGCCCUGAGACGGAUAAACAAAUCACAAAAGCCUCGGAGCGCACUCAAGAGCACUCGGGACAUGAAGAGGCUAGCAAAGUUAAAAACAUCCAAACCAUCGUUAUUGGUGCCUGGUCCGUCGAUACCUGGUAUUACUCCCCGUUCCCUGGAGACUACGGCAACUAUCACACACUAUAUUUCUGCGAGUUUUGCCUAAAGUUCGUCCGCUCUACAGAUGCUCUGCAGCGCCACUGCAACCGAUGCGUCUUGCGCCAUCCGCCAGGUAUUGAGAUCUACCGAAAAGGAAACAUAUCCAUGUUCGAAGUGGACGGCGCCACCAACCGAAUCUAUUGUCAAAACUUAUGCUACAUUGCAAAGCUUUUUCUCGAUCACAAAACCUUGUACUAUGACGUCGAUCCGUUCUGGUUUUAUAUUAUGUGUGAAGUCGAUGACAGGGGCGCUCAUAUUGUGGGUUACUUUUCCAAAGAAAAGUACAGUGAAGAGGACUACAAUGUGGCCUGCAUCCUUACAUUGCCACCAUAUCAACGAAAAGGUUACGGCAAGUUUCUUAUCACCUUUUCUUACGAGCUAAGCAAACUUGAGAACCUGGUGGGGUCACCAGAAAAGCCGCUUAGUGACCUUGGACUGCUAGGGUAUCGCAGUUAUUGGUCCCUGGUGCUCGUCGAUCUCCUUCGGAAUGAGGAUUCAAGCGCUUUGAGCAUAUACGAAAUAUCAGAGAAGACUAUGAUGAAGACGGAAGACAUUAUUGGAACCCUACAGGCUCUAAACUUGAUUCAGUACUACGAAGGUCAACACAUCAUUGAUAUGCGUCGAGUGAAAAACUUGAAAAUGGGGAGCAAGGGGCUGCCAUGUGAUCCUGAUUGCAUCAAGUGGACCCCACAUAGCUACGGCCCUGGUGUGCAAAUUCCACCUGGCGCUACUCUUGCAGGCCCGAGUAUGGGCAGACGAAGAUGAAUUUCCACCAAAAUUCCUACGGUUUCCAGUGACUGCAAAGGAAAAGUCCGCAAGUACAUUCAAUGGUUGGUAGCUAACUUAUCUGGAGGAAUCAACAUCGUACUCGAAACAUAUGAGAAGUCCCGCGGCCUGAAAGGCGAGUGAGCAAACGCGGUUGGCGGUAAGACUAGACGAAAUGGUGCAGUGAACGCACAGUUUAAUGCACGACUUUGCUGUGCCGCAAGUCCAGAAGCUCUGAGAGCUGAUCUGUUUUGCGUGCCCGUCAAUAAUGGAGACGGUGCGGCCGCAGACUGGCAUGCUGUCGUGGAUGAGCACCGCAUUGCGAGCGGUCUGGUAGCGGACCCAAGCUUUGUCGGCGGACGGCGGGUCGCCACCGGGACAUUGUGUAGCUCUCUUGACGAUACCGCAAAGUCUGUGUGACGUAGGGCCUCUGCCCGCGACAGAGCUGGGAUUCAUGCGUCGAUAGCUUCUCAUGCUGUAGUACGCGGUGGUUUUCAGUGCGCGUUUUUAGGUACGUUCACUUUGCUUAAUUUCUUUCAUAAUUGGACCACUCCAGUGGGGCGGAGGAUCCUGCCCGUGUAAAAGUGUGUAAUCUUCGAAGAAUUUAUAAAGGGUUCGAGCUCGCUAUGCACGCGUGUCGCAAGCUCUUUU